AUGCAUCAAAUUGAGUCUGGUGAGUUGCACAGUGAAUUGACGGAGAAGGAACAGGAGAUACGAAAACGUGAUCUACCCAGUCCCCAUAUGACGACCGUGCAUCCGGCUCCAACAAAAAUCGAUCCGGUUGAUCUGGAACCGGAUGACCACGGAGCUUGUGGUUACAUUGUGCUCAUACUGGCUGUGAUAUUCUACAUUUUAUUGUUUCCCAUUCUGGUCUUUUUCUCGUUCCGAGUAAUCCAGUCGUAUGAGCGUGGUGUACGGCUCCGGCUGGGAAAACUACGCAAACACAAGGGAUCAACUGUCAUGGGCUCGGGUAUCCAGUUUGUUUUACCCUGCAUCGAUGUGGUUCAAAAGGUGGAUAUGCGCACUAUCUCUCAAUCGAUUCCUCCACAAGAGGUUCUGACAAAAGACUCGGUCACAGUGACCGUGGAUGCGAUUGUCUAUAUGCGCGUUGUGGAACCGGCCAGUGCAAUUUUGCGGGUGGAAAAUUGGCGACUGUCCACUCAAAUGCUGGCGGUGAGCACUUUACGUAGUGUGUUGGGAAACUACGAUUUGUCUUCUCUGUUGACUUGUCGUGCCCAAAUCGAUUCGUAUCUCAGACAACAUUUGGAUGAAGCAACUCAUGAAUGGGGGAUAAAGGUCGAACGAGUGGAGAUCAAAGAUGUAUCUCUUCCACAAGAAAUGCAACGAGCCAUGGCAGCGGAGGCCCAGGCUACACGAGCAGCCAAUGCCAAAGUGAUCGCGGCCAAAGGUGAAUUGGACUCGGCACAAAUGCUUCAACAAGCUGCUCAAACAAUGAGCAGUGCACCGGCAGCUUUACAAUUGCGCUACUUACAAACAUUGGCCACGAUAGCGACCGAGCAGAAUUCCACCAUUAUAUUCCCCCUCCCGAUCGAGUUGAUGGCUGCGUUCACGUCAAAGUUAGCCGGAUCUCACGGGCCAAGUAAGUGA